UAGUUCUCUCUCUCUCUCUCUCUCUCUAUAAUAGUUCCCCCUCUCCCUCCCAUCCACACCUCUUCUUCUCCUAUCUUCAGCUCCACUCCAUCCCCGGCCAGCCCAGCUGCCUCCACCAUGGGAGACCCCUACACCAAUUUCCUCAGAGGCUACUACUCCCACUUCCCUCCGCCCAACCCUCCCUCCUUCUCCAGCAGCUACGCCGCCGCUUCCUCCUACCUCCACCCGCCUCCCCCCUCCCCUCCCAUCCGGGAAGCCCUCCCCCUCCUCAGCAACCUCACGCCGUCGUCGUCAACCACCAACCACCACCAGCACGACGACGACGACGUCGCCGCCCGGGAUCACAAGGACUGCAAGCGCGCCGCCUCCUGCAGCGGCCAGGACGCCGCCGAUCAGGCCGCCGGAGAGGUCACCGUGGCCCUGCACAUCGGCCUGCCCAGCCCCAGCCCCUCCGAGUCGGCCGCGGCAGGCGGUGGCGAGAGCCGGGAACCUGCCGGCGGCCCGCAGCAGCAGCAGCCAGGCGACGGCGGCCAUGGAGGAGGAGAAGACGAGGCCGCGGAGGACGGCGACGACGGGGAGGACGCCGCCAUGGCAGUGGGCUGCGCGUCCAUCGGCAUCGGGAGGCUGACGAAAGGGCAGUACUGGAUCCCCACCCCGUCGCAGAUCCUCAUUGGGCCCACCCAGUUCUCCUGCCCCGUCUGCUACAAGACCUUCAACCGAUACAACAACAUGCAGAUGCACAUGUGGGGGCACGGGUCGCAGUACCGCAAGGGCCCGGAGUCGCUUCGGGGCACGCAGCCGACGGCGAUGCUCCGGCUGCCGUGCUACUGCUGCGCGGCGGGUUGCCGGAACAACAUCGACCACCCGCGGGCGCGUCCGCUCAAGGACUUCCGCACGCUGCAGACGCACUACCGCCGGAAGCACGGGAUCAAGCCCUUCAUGUGCCGCAAGUGCGGCAAGGCCUUCGCCGUGCGCGGCGACUGGCGCACCCACGAGAAGAACUGCGGCAAGCUCUGGUACUGCGCCUGCGGCUCCGACUUCAAGCACAAGCGCUCGCUCAAGGACCACAUCCGGGCGUUCGGCAGGGGCCACGCCGCCUGCGGGAUCGACUGCUUCGACGACCUCGACGACGACGACCGCGACCCAUCCUCCGAGGUCGACCACGCCACUACUAAUGCUGGUACUACUACUAGUAGUGCUGCUGCUGCCGGCGGCGCCGCCAGUUCUAAGCAACAACACCACUGGAAGCCGCCGCCGCCAUCGUCGUCGAGAGGCUCCGGCGGCGACCGGCUGCUAUAGGGUAAGUACGUAAUGUACGGUGCUACUCCGUCGUACAAAUCGAUCCAUCUGUAGCCAAAUGCAAACGUAUACUUGUGCGUGUGUAACCGUCGUCGCCUGUGAGUGUGCUGCCGGGGAGACAGCUGCUGAUUUAGUGCAAGAGAUAUACUCCUAUAUAUAAGCAAGGGUUUCCAUUAAUCGAUGAAUGAACAUAUACAUAAGCAUGAAGGAAGGUCAUAAUUAAGGUUCUAAUUCUCAGCUUGGGGUAGCCCGUAGCCUAGCUAGCUUCAUUGUAUGUGCAGACCUUGAUCGAUCUGGUAUAUUGGUGAACACGGUGAAAUAUACAGAUUGUCAUUGUUAAUGUUAAUGUUAGUGUUAACUUGAGGUAAUAAUCGUGUGCAUCAUCCACAUGCAUGCAUGCAAGUGAUGAAGAUAUGUACUGUAUAUAGCAAUUAUACAUACACUCUUUGUCUUGGGGGUUUUGUGAUUUUCGUCUUUUAUUUGUUUUAGUAUGUUGAUUUGUGAUGCCAUGGUAUAGACAAGAAUGGUUUUUUCUUAUCAUAUUCUCUUUUAAAGAUGAAUUGCGUGCUAUGGUUUGAUUGAGGAUAUAUGGUUUGGAUAUUUCAAAUUACAGCAAAUUAAUAUCCUAAAAUAAUUGAAACUGCCAGAAUUUGAACACUAGUCCCGAUUCUGCACAUUUCGCAUGUCCUUAUAUUUACUUUGUUUUCCAAUGCCAAAGUAAUCGAAUGCAUAUCAGAUCUCAUGCAAGAAGUUAAUUUGAGGUUUUGUUUGAAAAAUUCGUGCAGAUAGAAGAUAGUUUUAACUUGUGUAUGACUAAAAGUGAACCGGUUGGUCCCUGGAACUCUAAAGUGUAUACUAUGAUUAUUUUGAUGUAAUUACAUAAAUUCGCUGAAAUUAUGUGAUUUUUA